CAUAGCUAGGUUACACAGAAGAUAGACUGCAAAUGUUAUUGCUCUAUACUGUAUGUGUGUGUGGGGGGGUAUUAGUUACUUUGGUUAAAGCCAAGAUUUAUGUGUACUGUACAAUAUGUGUAUAAAAUAUUAAUGUAGUAGUCUUGUGUUUUCAUAUAUAAUGGUUGCCUUGCUACCUACUAUAACAUGCUCAACAAUCUUGUAGAUAUUUAAAUUUAAGAUUAUUUAAGAAUUAUACUGUUGGCUAAAAUUUUACUAAUGAAUUGUUUUCUUUGCAGUACAUCAUGCAGAUCUUCGUGAAAACCCUCACUGGAAAGACUAUUACUCUUGAAGUAGAACCUUCAGACACCAUUGAAAAUGUAAAGGCAAAAAUUCAGGAUAAGGAAGGCAUCCCCCCAGACCAGCAGAGAUUGAUCUUUGCUGGUAAGCAGUUGGAGGAUUGUCGCAUUCUUUCUGACUACAAUAUCCAGAAGGAAUCUACACUCCAUUUGGUAUUGCGUCUUAGAGGAGGAAUGCAGAUCUUUGUGAAAUUUACAGGAAAGAUUACCCUAGAAGUAGAACCUUCAGACACCAUUGAAAAUGUAAAGGCCAAAAUUCAGGAUAGGGAAGGCACCCCCCCAAACCAGCAGAAAUUGAUCUUUGCUGGUAAGCAGUUGGAGGAUUGUCGCAUUCUUUCCGACUGCAAUAUCCAGAAGGAAUCUACACUGCAACUUAUUAGAGAAGGAAAAGAAAACAACAUCUUUGUGAAAACCCUUACCCUUACAGGAGAGACCAUUAUCCUAGAAUUAGAAUCUUCACACGAUAUCACAUUCCCCCCUUUGUUAUUGUUGCGUCAUAGAGGAAUGCAGAUCUUUAUGAAAAAAUAAAGUAUUCCGGAUGAAAUGUUCAAAUUUCCUUUAAUGUAUGGAAUGGAAAAGAUUUAAUCACAUUGUUAUUAUUUUAACCGAACCCAAA